AUGUCGCACGUGCUCACCGACGGACCGUCUUGGGGCGCCAGUAGCAGCGCGAAACUCGUGUCGCGUUCGCCCGGCAGCCCGACACGUAAGACGACCUCAAGUGCGUUCGAGCACACGCUUCGACUGCCUUUUGAACCGCAGUUCCGGACGAUGGAGUCGGCCGAAGAAGAGUCUGCAACGCGACCUCUGGACGAAACCAUUCGCCCGCGACUCGACACCCGACAGUCCCGACACUCGACACGACCGCACGAGUCGUAUCGACACACCCACCCGCCUCGAAGGGCCCACCCGCCGGCCGAAGACCGGGGAACGGGGCACCACCAGCAGCCGCAAUUGCCUGUCCAGCCGCAGCGCUGGUCGCAAGACCGUCUUCGGGCGUCGCCGAGGGUUCCCGACCAACUAGAAGAUCCGAGACGGCAAUCUUCGGGGCCGUUUCCGCGGUCGCCUCGAACGGGUUCGCUAAACCACCGGAUGGGGAAGUGCCGAAAGCCCGAAACGCCGUUUUCGAGAACGACUUCCAGCAAAGGCGACGACGGCCAUCGCCAGUCGAUACCGCGUCCACGAUCGAGUGCCACCGGUGGACAGGAGAGGACGUCUUCGUCUUUGGGGGUCAAUGGGAAUCCGAAGCCGUCGCAACCCGUUCCGAACUGUCGGUCAGACGGUCCGAAGGAGCUGUCUUCGCAGUUGCCAGUGGAAUCCGAAGGGCUUCGGCGCUAUACGCGUGCGCACACGGGGAGUCUGAGCAGCAGCAGCAACAGCAGUGACAAGUACAUUGAGCUCUCGCCCGUGCGUCGUCGGGAGAUCAUCUCGCGCGUGAACGAGUCCGUGCAGCACGUGAUGGCGUCCAUGCUCUCGGAUACAGUCAACCAGUCGCAGUGGAAGUUUAAGCUGCAGAAGAAGGACAUUUCGUACUACACGGACGAGACGAGUGUCAAGCCGGGGCAGAAGCGCUUCUGCUGCGUGAGCCACUCGCACGCGUCGGUAGAAGACCUGAUGAAGCUCUUUGUCGCGACGGAUUCCGAGAACAUGGCACGGAACUAUCGCGUGGUGUCGGACAAUCUGCACGAGGCGCGUAUCCUGUCCAUCCUGCGUCGCCCCACACCGCAGCAACCGAUGCACUCCAUGUUUAUCAACUACUCGAGUUACCACACGCCGGCGCUGAUGGUGGACCGCGAAACGUGCGUUGCGGUGGGCACAGAUAUCAUUUAUCAACCGGACGGGUCCGUUGUUGGCUAUUGCCUCUGGGACACUGUCGACGGCCCCGAGUUUGCCGAAGCGACGCACAAGUUCGAGUCGGCGAUCAUGUUCCGGUCGGGUUUCUUCUUCCGACGCGCAGGGCCUCGUCAGUCGUCGUCGAGUGGCGACUCGGAUCAAUGCUGUACGAAGAUUGUGCACCUCGUGGGGUUAGAGCCCGGGGGGUGGGCGCCAGGCGUCACGGCGCGACGUCUGAUGGAGAAGUUUGGCCUGAGCGUCAGUCGCCUCUGCGCGCACUUUCGGCGCAAACAAUUGGACUCGCGCACGUUCGUGUUGAAGGCCCAGUGGCCGUCCAAGUACUCGGUCAGGAGCUGUCGGCACUGCGAGAAACCGUUUCCCGUGUUGUCGACGCGCACCAACUGUCACGCGUGUGGCCACGUCGUGUGCAAAGUGUGUGUGUCCAAAGAGCUCGUCGAGCUGCCUGCAGUGGGGCUCGUGCCCAUGCACAUUUGCUACGCGUGUCUCGAGAAGAACGGCCUCCCGCCUCCACUCGCGGUGCAGAGACCGUGGGCAGGAACCUACCAACGAAGACGGCUGCAGUCGGAUACCACCAGUAUGGCCCAAGUUGCAGUGCUGCAGCCACAGCACUCCCAGUCGCAGCCUCCGCCGUAUCAGCAGUCGACGUCGGCAGUCGACUGCGAUUUGACUGGAGGCGAAGACGAGGACUCGGACACCGACACGGACACGGGCGAGUGGGCGUUCACGCUCUCGGGCGUCCCAGUGCGACCAUUUCGAAUGGUAUUGUGA